GCAUAGAACAGUGAGGGCGGCCAACAGUAACGUCAGAAGCCUGUAGCACGACUGUUAACAGCACGGGCACGACUAACGCACAAAAGUAUCCCGAAAAUAAUCAGGCACUAAGUGUGAGUGUGUGUGUGUGAGCGAGAGUAAAUAGAUGACUAAGUGAGCGAGUUGUGAUGGUUAGUUGUUCGUUCGUUCAAUGGUCGGUCGUACUGUUAUGAUUGUUCCUGGCAAAAGAGCACAAAGUUGAUUCGCGUCGUGUUGAUUGCGUGUUUUGAAUGAAUGUAGCCUGUCGCGUGUUGUCUUGUGAUAUUAGUCUUUGUUAGGCGGUCUUUGUGUCAACAACGUGUUGCUCGGUGAUUUUGAACAAAAAAGAAAAACAGAACACAAAAGGCAACGAUUAGAGUCCCUGUCAAUGCUAACGAACAUCUAAGCGCACAUAAACAAUUCCAUUAAUACAUAAAACUUGAAAAGGAGCUCUGCUACUCAUAGUAGAGGCUUAUGCAAAUCAAUGCAAUUAAUUUUUUUCAUUGCAUUAAUUAAGAAAAGAAUUUAAGCAAAUAAGAAAAGUGCUAAAAAACACACUGAGAAAAUAAAUAUUUUUCCCAAGGGCCCCAUAAUCAGCUCUAUUGCAUUUCACAUGCAACAAGUUUACUUUGAGUGGCAUAAAAUAAAAUUUUGAAAAAAGUGUUGCCUCCUCCAAUUUUAAUUUACUUGCUUAUAUGGCGUUAAAUUCCAAUUGCCAUUGCUAUUUGAAAAAAGCUACCGCAAACAGAAAUACCCAUUCCAUUAAUUAAACAAAUAGCGAAUAUUUCAUUUAAGCAGCUUGCAACAAAAAAUAUAAUCGUAUAAAAACAAAAAGCCAUCAACCAAUUGCCAUUAUUAAAGCUUUUUUAAUGCAAUUUUAAUUGACCUGCAUUGCAAACGUGUUUGUGUCUGCGUGUGUGCGUGUGUCCGUGUGCUAGGCUCUUAUGAAUGUGGUUCAACCACAUCGGUGAAUAAAAGUGUGUGCUUGUGUGUGCCAAAGAGUGUGAAAUACGUGAAUCACAGCACGACAAAAUUUAUUAAUAACGGCAAUAAAAAAAGCACACGAAAACAAAAAACAACAAACGACAGCAAAACCGAAUCACUCAUACAAAUGUAAAACAAGAUUACCUUAAUGCCAUGAAUUAAAACAAAAUAUUAUUGUGUACUACCGCCAACACAACCACAACCAUAGCCACGACCAUUACCAGCGCAACUAUAGUAGCAUUGUAGUAAAAAGAGUGUCCUAUUUUAAGCAUAAAAGUGAAUUAAAGUGUUUUAAAAAAACAAAAAACAAACAAACAGAGUCGUUAACAAACAAAACAAAAGAAACAAAAAGGAUUUAAGUGGAGAACUUAAUCUUUAGCAGAGAAUCGUUGAAUGUAACAGCGAAAUAACAACAAAUAAUUUGUUUGAACAAAGCACACUCGUAAGCGGAAAAUUUGCCAAGGAUCUUAAAGAAAUUUUCCUUUUCCCAGGAAAAGAAAAGCCAUUGUGGCAUUAGGCAAAAAUUACAACAAAAUGUUAAGAUUACAUUUGCUUCGAAAGGCCACAGUGCCCUUGGCCAUACUGGCACUAUGUCUAAGCCUGAAUGCAGCUGAGGGUCGAACAAGGGAUAAAGAAAACCGAAGACGAGCCAAUGAUCGCUUGUCAUCCUCAACCAUAACCAACUAUGCCUCCUCCUCCUCCUCGCUAUCUUCAUCCGCCUCGAGUCAAUACAAUGCAUAUGGCUCCUCCUCCUCUGGAUCAGUGCCCUAUGCUGUCUCCUCGGCCUCUUCUUCGGCUUCGUAUUACAAUGGACCCAUUGAUGAGACAGGAUUUUGUGUGCGGCGCCGCGAUAUGAAGCUCAUGUGUUAUUGCACGCCGGAUGAGAAUCAUGUGCCAGUGCAAAAAGCCGAAUGUUGGGUAUUCUCCGAGGGACUGCAUCAAAACGAUACCACCUGGACGAGAUUUUAUCAACAGACCCGCUUAAGAGAUUUGAAGUUUGUCAUUCAAAAUCAUGGACGUUUGGACUAUAUACCCACCCAUAUUCUAAAGCCUUUGGAGAAUUUGACCAGCAUUACCAUUGAGUAUUCCCAAGUGGAGAUUGUGCGCAGCUAUGCCUUUGCCAAUCUGCAUCAGCUGGAGCGUAUUGUGUUGACCAACAAUCAAAUAAUGGCCCUCGACCAGGAGGCCUUUGCCAAUCAUAUACGGCUGCGUGAUUUGAAUCUGGAAUACAAUCAAAUUUUCGAAAUCGAUCGCAAGGCCUUCCGCAAUUUGCCAUUGUGUGAACGCAUCAAUUUGAAUAACAAUAACAUAACCAAUCUGCAUGAUGGCCUCUUCUCGGAUUUGGUGCGCUUGAUUUAUUUGAAUUUGGCCCACAAUCAAAUCUCGGUACUCACCAGUGACAUAUUCAAAGGAUUGGGAAAUUUGAAUGUUCUGAAAUUGACUCACAAUAAUAUCAAUUUCAUUGGUGACACUGUCUUUGCGGAAUUGUGGAGUUUAACGGAGUUGGAAUUGGAUGACAAUAAAAUUGAGCGUAUUUCGGAACGUGCCCUCGAUGGUUUGAAUAAUUUGAAAACUUUAAAUUUGCGUAACAAUCUGCUGAAAAAAAUCGAUAAUGGCCUGCUGCGUGGCACAACGGCUCUGUUGUCCCUAAAUGUGCAAAGCAACAAAUUGGAAACGUUGACCUUCUACACAUUCCAACCGAUAAUGGACAAUUUAGUCAACAGCAGCAGUGAACUAUUGCUUAAUGAUAACAAUUUCAUUUGUGACUGUCGCUUGCAAUGGCUGUACGAAUUGAAAAAUCGCACUCGUUACCCACAGCUGCGUGACUCUUUGGAAGAUUUUAUUUGCACCUUGCAGGAGCCGCGUUUGCACAAUUUCAUUGAACCGGUGCCCAGUCAUGUGUUGCAGCUGCUCAAUGUGGGUGGCCUAAAUUCGGGCGGCAGCAGCAUCAUCAGCUCGGACCAGUACGUGUCCAAUGGCAUGACAAACAAGAAACGUUUGGCCAAAAACCGUCAAGCAUCGCAGAGACGAGGCAGCAGCAAUAAAUUUGAUGGCCAAAUGCAAUUAACCGAAGAUGUAGACCAACACCAAAUGCCAGUGCAGAAUUCGGCAACGCUGAAAAAGAAACGUGCCCUUACUUUGCCACACUAUCAGAGCGAAACAAUGGGAGCAGCAGGCAUGGGUCCCAGUGCUGCCGCCAGCAGCAAGACCCCCAUAGAGAGUCACUACAUUUUCGGGGGACCCGAUAGCAGCAGCAGUAGUAGUGGUGGUGUCGACUUGCACGGCGAUUACUUUGAGGCUGGCAAUGUGGGCCGUUUGUCUACGCAUCCCGUCAAAAUGGAAGACGAAUUGGAGAUGAUGAAGCACAUUGCCUUGUUCCAGCAAAACAAUGACAUUCUCUCGCCCAGCCAUGACAAUCAUUUGGAUGCCGUCGAGUUGGUGCCCAAACAGCCGCUGGGCAUACAGGUGCGUCUCUUCAUGCUGAAGGCCGAUCGUUUGCCCUGCCACGAGGAGCUAAGUGAUCCCACAGAAUUGCCCCUGUCCCGCGAUCUAAUGGAUGCACGCAGUAGUAAUGUGCAGAUACUGGCGCCUGGCGUCAAUGCAGCCCCCAAAAUGGCCGCCCCUGUGCACUGCAUCCUUUUGCUGAUAUUAGCCAUUGUGUAUGGCACCCAGGUUGGUUAAGGUGCUGCAGCUAGAAGCCACCAAGCCGCCUUUUUUUUGAGUUUUGCAACUAAAAACUGCAGACGCUUUAGUUCUCAUGUUUGUUUUUCUGUUCUAAUUGUGUUUCAUUCACCAGGGUUCAACUGAGGGUUUAACUAAUUAAUUUCUGGGGUCAUAUAUACAACAUGCAUACAUACACACACACACACACACAAAAACCAUACAUUUUUUCACCUAAAACCAAAUAAAAUUAAAAAAGAGGAAAAAAAGAAUAAGAAAGAAAACCAAAAAUGAAGAAAUGAAGAAAAAAAUAACAACAACAAAAAAGAUAAGUCAAGAAAACCACAAAAACUUCUCAAAAAGAAAUUAUUUCAAAAUUCACCUUGUGUUCUUAUUGUAUUGUACGAGUGUAAGUCCAUUUUGUGUUGUGCUUUUUUUCUAUAGUUGUACUAUGUAAUAAUAAUAAUGAUAAUGAUGAAAAAAAAAAUAUGAAUGCAAAUGAAGCAAACAAAAAAAUAUGUAUGUAAGAGUGAAUAAGUAAGGAAACAAAACGAGUAUAUAUAUAAAUAAAAUUACAAAAAAAAACACAAUAUGGGGCAUUCCAUGGAUAAGGUGGAUAGUUUAGAAAAUAGAUUUAAAGCUAGUUGUCUCUAACUAAACCUUUAUCAUAUACAAAUUCUUUACGUUUUUUUUUUUUUUCAAUUCCUUCAAACUUGUCUUUGCUGUAUAGAAAAUUUGUUUUUAACUUUUUUAUCCAAACAUGGAAAAAUUUCCUAUUGAAUUUUUUUUUGUCUACUGCUCGUUGUAGAAACCCCAUAAAACCAUAAUUUUGUAGGUUCUUUAAAAGAAUACCUAUUUUUGCUUGGGCUAUGAAAAAUUGCUCCAAUAGUAUGCAAAUACACGCCAAAGUUAAUGCCAUUUUUACCCAACCUUAUUGUGAGCAUUUAAACAAUCUUCAUAUAAUACCAUCUGGACAGAGCCCGCUCCGCUGUGCCUAAUAUCUUUUUGGCGUGAACAUCGAAAAUUUUCAGCGGUGGUUAUCCCCUUACUAAUGCUGGCUAGAUUUGUGAGGUACUUUGCCAUGUAAAAAUUUCUCCCCAAAGAGGUGUCGCACUGCGGCACGCCGUUCGGACUCGGCUGUAAAAAGGAGGCUCCUUAUCAUUGAGCUUAAAAUUAAAUCGGACAGCACUCAUUGAUAUCUGAGAAGUUCGCACCAGUUCCUUAGUGGAAUGUUUAUGGGCAAAUUUGCAUUGGUUAUCCCCUCUUAAUGCUGGCGACAUUUGCGAGGUACCAUGCCAUGUAUAGUAAAAAAAAAUGCUUCUCAACGAGGUGUCGCACUGCGGCACGCCGUUUGGACUCUGCUAUAAAAAAGGUUCCUUAUCGUUGAUAAACUCAACUUGAGUCGGAAAGUAUUCAUUGAUGUGUGAGAAGUUUUACUUUACUCCCAAAUGACUUUCGUGAUUGGUCUAUAUAUCCAUUUGGCGGGUUUUUGUCGGCCUCCGCGGCAUCCUUCCCCAACAAUAGAAACCAUGUUUAUUUUUUGGCGACUGUUAGAGUGCAAAAAAUUUCGAACGUAUCACAUUACCAAUCUCUGAGAUCUGUUAUUUUUAUACCCUCCACCAUAAGAUGGGGGGUAUACUAAUAUCGUCAUUCUGUUUGUAACUACUCGAAAUAUUCGUCUGAGACCCCAUAAAGUAUAUAUAUUCUUGAUCGUCGCGACAUUUUAUGUCGAACUAGCCAUGUCCGUCCGUCUGUCCGUCCGUCCGUCCGUCUGUCUGUCGAAAGCACGCUAACUUCCGAAGGUGUAAAACUAGCCGCUUGAAAUUUUGCACAAAUACUUCUUAUUAGUGUAGGUCGGUUGGUAUUGUAAAUGGGCCAUAUCGGUCCAUGUUUUGAUAUAGCUGCCAUAUAAACCGAUCUUGGGUCUUGACUUCUUGAGCCUCUAGAGUGCGCAAUUCUUAUCCGAUUGGAAUGAAAUUUUGCACGACGUGUUUUGUUAUGAUAUCCAACCACUGUGCCAAGUACGGUUUGAAUCGGUCCAUAACCUGAUGUAGCUGCCAUAUAAACCGAUCUGGGGUCUUUACUUCUUGAGCC